AUUUUGACGUUUAUGUCAUGGUCAGUGCACUUAUGGUCUUAAUUCCUUGAGUAAUUUGUUUACUUAAUUAUGCAUAGAGUUGAAAUUAAUUAAUGAAAGAAACGAUGAAUGAAAUUACUCAAUGUAAUUGGUUCUACCCACGCAUCUCUCAGCAUUAAUACUCAGCCUACAGUUCCUGCCCUUGUGAAACAAAAAAUGUUGGAUUCUUCCCCUGAAGAUGAAGACUUCCCUGGACGCCUCUUACACCAGGCUGCUCUAUGGGACAAUACCGAAUUGUUAGAAGACUUAUUGGCUGGAGGUCAACAAAAUUUCAUCAAUUCUCAAGACAGUUGGGGUAGGACGCCACUACACGCAGCUGCUAUUACUGAUAACUCAAAAUGUCUUCAGUUUCUUUUAAAUUCUGGUGCUGACCCAAACAUUCAAUGUGGGUUACGAGGAGAAAAAAAGACACCGUUGCAUUUAGCAGCUGAACAUGGUCAUGUGAAAAACAUUUUGAGUUUGUUGCAACAUAAUGCAGAUCUCUCUGUAAGGGAUUCAAAAGGGAUGACAGGUAUUGACUUGGCAGAAAAAUGUGGUCAUGUGAAGUGUGUGAUGGUUCUUAAAGAGGCUUCUGAUGAGAAAGAGAAAGCAAGACUGGAAAUACAUGCUGCAAUAAGAGACGCUGUUACUCAAGGGGAUGCCAGUUCUGUUCAGCAAUUACUUCUUUCCCUACAGAACGAUGCCGAACUCAUUGUCAACAUGGCUCCAAGUGGAGCUAACACUCUCUUAUUCACAGCUUGCCAAAUAGGUAACAAAGAAAUUGUCAAAAUAUUGUUGGAUCAAGGAGCAGACGGUAGAUGUCACUCUGUGACAAAAUAUUCUCCUCUAUACAUAGCCUGCUACAGUGGACACAGGGACAUAGUUGAGUUGCUGUUGUUAAGAUUUCCUGAAUUAGUUCACAUUCACACAGUAGAAAGAUGGCUACCAAUCCAUGCAUGCUGCAUAAACGGGCAUGUCAGUGUCUUAGAGCUUUUGUUUCAUUUUCCGUAUCCGACUCAAGUGCUGAGAAAGUACCGUGAUAAAAGUGAUCAAUGGGAAUACCUGAUGCCUUUCGACAUUAACGAGAGAGAUGCCACUGGACAAAACAUACUAUAUGUUGCCGCAUUGUUGGGAAAUAAGAAACUGAUAGAUAUGAUACUGUCUUUUAGGGUUAAAGCUACCAGAAUAACUCCGUCUGACGACGACGAUAUCACCCCCAGUUCUGAAACUGCAUCUAUUGUAAGUCCUACACGUAGAAGAAUAUCAGAUGGUAUCAUAUCUAUAAUGUCCAGGCUCAAUUUUUCCAGAGAAAAUUCCUCAGAAAACGCAGAAACUGACCCAAAUACGAAAAUGAUUUGUCCCUUGAGGAUCGACACUUACUGUAACAAUAAUACGGAAACAGCUCUGCAUGCAGCAAUAAAAGGAAAGCAGUACGACAUAGUUUUGGCACUACUGAAGUCCGGAGCUAGUGCCAAUUCAGUUAUAAAGGCCUACCACGACAUAAACGAGACUUUGACUUGCUGUUCUGUCGAAGAUGAUUCCAAUUUUGGACAGUCCACUGGUCUAGUAGAAGCUUGUCGCAAUAGAGACGUUCCUGUUGUUGAUUUAUUGUUGAAACAUGGAGCUAGAGAUGACGAAUGCAAAGCCCUAGCGGUUGCGGUUGAAAACAACGACGAGACACUGAUAGCCAAAUUGCUCUCUACAAAGGCUCAUCCUGAUCCAGAGUACAAAAUUAACAAGAAAGCCAUGACGGAAAAUGUCAAUUCCUCGCAGUUCACAAUAUUCUCAAACGUAACUAACUUGACGUAUUCGUCCUUAUUCCCGAACACCCCCACCAUGAUCAACUGGCAUAACCAGAAGUGCAAUUUAACACAAAUCAAAACGCAGUGGCUGAUCGACGCAGCUCUACACCUCAAUCCGAAGUUGAAGCAGAAUCCCAGGAACUACGAUAUUUCGUUAUACGCCAUCACGAGGCUGGAUCUGUCCAAUAAUAAUUUGACUUCGGUACCGUUGGCUGUUUUCCAGCUAUAUUCAUUAAGAUUCCUGAGUCUGGCUCAAAACAAAAUCGAAAAACUGCCCAUUCCCGUAUCAUCGCCGACAAAAAAGGGACACAAGCGAAAACACUCGAACCCUUCAGACCAAAAGUACUCCUGCCCAGUGCUGGAAGAACUGUACCUGCAGGACAACAGACUGGAUCACAUACCUGAAGCAAUAUUUAAACUGCCCUCGUUAGUCACUCUAGUCAUAUCGAACAAUAAGUUACAGCAACUGCCCUACGAAAUGUGGGUAGCACCUAAGCUGAAGGAGAUGAACGCCGCUUUUAAUUUGAUCCGGGAGCUACCGUCUAGCCCUAUAGAGAGUAAAGAAGAUCUAGAUAAGAUGAGCGUAAGUUCUAGCGACAGCCAAUUAUCUAGCCACGCAGAACAAGAUUCAGAAUCUGAACUAUCAGAUUUUGAUGUCGAAACAAAAUUGAAUUUGAGCGACGAUGGAGUGCAAGCUGUAAAAUACAGAAAGAAGGAGAGAUCUUACGUUCAUAUGGACUUAGUAAAGCAUCACAUUUGGAACAAAAGCGUAGAAGUAACAGAGCAGAUCCUUCACAAUGACGACACAUCUACUGAAGCCUCCUCCCAACUCUCUUCGCUCAACCUGGCUCACAAUCUCUUCACCAGCAUUCCCGUAGUCAUUCCUUGCUUGGCGGUGAACCUCACCAGGCUCAACAUGGCGUUCAAUUCUCUGAGAUCAAUGUCACAUAUCACUAGUUACCCAAGUUCGCUCAAACAACUUGACCUGAGCCAUAACCAGAUCACUGUGUGGCCCAGUUUGCCUCAAAUUGAGGCCCAGGAUAAUAUGGAGUUGGCCAAUUUGGCAUGCUACAUGAAUACUACUGCUUUUAGGGGAAAGACACCAGAUGUUGUCAUACGAAGACAACCAGGUCGAUCACUAAGACACAGUGUACUACAUUCUGUAUGUUCUCACAGAAGGCAUCUGAGGUUAGACAACUUAAGGACACUAAUACUAGCAGACAAUCAGCUGACCAGGAUACAGCUAGCCACAGAUGAUGAUGGCGACAUUAGCAGCACUGACGAUGAAGAUCUUGAAAGAGGAUCCCAAAUUGGCAAAUCUCGGUUGAUGUUUCCAAAUCUGUCUAUGCUAGAUAUCAGUAACAACAAUUUGAAGGAGAUCCCACCGAAUAUUAACGACCUGAACAAUCUCUCAGUUUUGAACAUUAGCGGUAAUCUGGACAUCAACGAACUCCCACCACAGAUGGGCUUGCUGUCUCGGCUGUGGAACCUCAACACGCGCGGCACCAACCUUCAAGACCCGCUGAAGUCGAUGAUAGAAAGCAAAAAAUACAAAACGAUGGACAUUAUCGGCUACCUCAAGUCCGUUCUGGAAGACGCCAAACCCUACGCCAGGAUGAAACUGAUGAUCGUCGGCGUCCAGGGCAUCGGGAAGACCAGUUUAUUGGAACAAUUAAGGCAGGAAGGAGUGACGAGGCGCCGACCAGAGCACUGGGCGAAACGUAUGGGCAACAAAAAUAUAAACGUAAAAACAUCUAGAGGUUCCAACAUGUCCACUGUGGGAGUUGAUAUCGGCGAUUGGGUCUACGAAAAAAAAGUGAGGCUGCAAUCCUCGCACGGACCAGUAGUCUUCAGAACUUGGGACUUCGGAGGACAAAAAGAAUACUAUGCCACUCACCAAUAUUUUCUAUCAAAGCGCAGCCUGUACCUGGUAGUUUGGAGGAUAACGGACGGGCAUAGAGGCAUCAACGAAAUCCUCCAAUGGUUGGUCAACAUUCAAGCUCGAGCUCCAAACUCGCCGGUUAUAAUAGUCGGUACUCACUAUGACGUCAUUCAGGAGUUCAACCCGAACAUCUCCGAGGAAUACCAACAGAUCAUCAGGGAUCGGUUUAUCAACGUCGUCGAUGCUGAAAAGUGCGGCUUGCCUAGGGUUUUAGACACCAUAGAAAUCAGCUGUAAAACUAGGCAUAAUAUAAAGUUGUUGUGCAAUUUAAUAUAUGACACUGUUUUCAGUUUAAGGCCACCUGGUAGUAAAGAAUUGCUUCUGGAGCAGAAGGUCCCUGCCACCUAUUUGGCGCUAGAAGACGUGAUAAACUACAUUGCAGCGGAAAGGAAAGUCAACGGUUUGGAUCCGGUACUAACCGCUGAACAGUACAGGAACUUGGUGACCACCGAAAUGCUUCAGAGGUACAACAAGACCUUCAGAGAUUGGUCCGAAUUACACCAGGCCACGCUAUUUUUACAUGAAAACGGUGUUUUGCUCCAUUACGACGAUGCUACGCUUAAAGAUCUGUAUUUCUUGGAUCCUCAAUGGUUGUGCGAUAUGCUAGCCCAUGUUGUUACCAUACGAGAAAUCAACCCCUUUGCACGUACAGGCGUGAUGAAAUUGGAAGACCUGAAACACAUAUUCAAAGCUAGUAACAUCGGUCCUAUGGAUACGAGAGGGUACAUCGUAAAUUUAUUAAACAAAUUCGAAGUAGCAUUGACCUGGGACUCCAGAACACUGCUAAUACCAUCACUGUUGCCGUCUGAAGAAGAUAUCAUCAUGGCUCAGAUCUAUCCAGGACAAUUUCAUCCUAUGGUUAAAGUUAAAGUGCCUUUAAGGUCUAGAGGUUGGGCAGUUAGGAACAAGAAGAUCAGCGUGUCGCCAAAAUCGGUUUUAUACAGGGACCCGAGUGUACAGAGGACAUUUGAGAUGAGCUUGCCCUCUGGAACUUCUUCACCUGCCAAAAAUGUUACUCCACCAGAAGAAGUUCAGUACCAACUAAAAUCGAAAGCCUCAGACAAAUCCAUGACCCGUUUACUCUUAAUGUCGUACUUUCCCUCGGGUUUUUGGUCGCGGCUAAUCUCCCGCAUUCUAGCCGACGAUACCAUAAUAGACAUCAUCAGAUCUUUCUUCAUAUUGCCGAAGGAUGCGGCUCAAGAUGCACAGCUAGCAAAAGUUUUGGACCUCACAGCUGAAUGGGUGCUAUGGCAAACUGGAUUGCAGUUAAAGUAUGGCGAUAUCACUCUGUUUCGGAUGAAAGAAGUGUUACAUAACUCUGCAGCUUACUACAGACAAUUAAAGUUUCGGCUGAAACAAGAAGGUGUGUGGUCUGAAAUCGACUUCCAGAACUGUUCUAUUUUGGAGGUACACUUUCCAGUUGAAUCUUUAGUUGUUCAGCCGCUAAUAAACGACAACUGUCACAUUGACGGCUAUAAGAUUAAAGACGAACUGGUGAUAGAACCUUCCACCGAAUGCACUGCCCAACUUCUAGCUUUAACUGUGGAUCAUAUCGAUAUUCUUCUAGAAGAUUGGUACCCCACUCUCGGUACCAGAUUUGUUCACACUUCCGAAGGGAAGUUCCUGAUAACGCGCCUUAUACCAUGCCCUACUUGUUUAAGUGUAUCCACCGACAACGAACAUAACUUGAAUGAUUUUCCACCCUCCGGUAGUCACCUAGAACCGCUUCAGCAGGAAAAUGAACAUUCAGGCCACCACGAUUUGCACAGGAUCCGAAAAUCCCAGGAAUCGUACACUUCAGAAUGCGACAGUGGUGUUGGACCAGAUUCGGCCAGCUCCAGUCGAAUACCAUCAGUGGAAGGCCAUCCUGGUGUCCAACAAGAGGAAGAUAAACCCGUGAUAUAUUCGUGGAUGGUAGAAGAAUGUAUCCUGGAAGCCUACGGUAGCAAAACAGUUGUUUGUCCCACUCACGGAGAUUGCUCUUUAGUAAGAAUAGCCGGAGACACUAUUUUUAUGGAUUUGGGUGAGAGGUAUAUCAUUAGACCCGAAAAUAUUAAGAAAGGUAGAUUAUUGGGGCGCGGUGCUUUUGGUUUCGUCUUCAAAGGUUCGUGUAAGAUAAGAGGGUCCAAUAAAACGAUGGAUGUAGCUAUGAAAAUGCUCCAGCCUGUUCAACCCGGUCCCAAUGCUCGACAAUCUGCAGUUAUAGCCUUUAAGGCUGCUCAGGGCAAAUGGGACAGAGAUCCUCUACAAUACGCGUGCAAAGCUUAUUGUACUGCCAGGCAGGAAUUGAACAUUCUCCUAUCUCUUAAACAUCCAAACAUAGUACCUUUCGUGGGCGUAUGCACGAGUCCUCUUGCUUUGGUACUUGAUUUGGCUCCUCAAGGAGCUUUAGAUCUGGUGCUGAGGCAUUAUAGAAGAUCAGGAGCUAAAGUAGGACCUUACACUCUCCAAGCUAUCAUUUUACAAGUAGCCAAAGCUAUUGAGUACCUUCAUAGACAACAUAUCAUAUACAGGGACCUUAAAUCGGAGAAUGUAUUGGUUUGGGAAAUGCCUCCGCCUUUUGUAGACCAUCCGGAACAUCCUGUUCACAUUAAAGUAGCAGAUUAUGGUAUUAGUAGACUCACCUUACCUUCUGGUACUAAAGGAUUUGGAGGCACUGAAGGUUUCAUGGCACCCGAAAUAAUGAGAUACAACGGAGAAGAAGAGUAUACCGAAAAAGUGGACUGUUUUUCCUUCGGUAUGUUCGUGUACGAGCUUCUGACUUUACAUCAACCGUUCGAAGGGCAUGAGUCAGUCAAGGAGUGCAUUCUGGAAGGAGGUAGACCAGCUUUAACGUACAGGGAAACGUUGUAUCCCAGUUACUUUUUGGAUCUAAUGGUGCUGUGUUGGUCUCAACAACCGAAGGACAGGCCUUCCGCUAGUCAGAUCGUCUCGAUAGCAAGUGCGCCUGAAUUCACCCAUCUCUGUGAUGUAGUCUCGUUAAAACAUCAAGCCCCAGUUGUAGCUACGACCAGUGCUGCCCUCACUCACAUUACAGAAGAAGGAUUAUCAGGCUCAGAGAUGUGGCUGAUGUGUGCCAAUUCAAGGGUGGACUUACUUCUAGCGGCCGAAAGGGGUUGGCUGCAGUACCAUACGAUGACGUUACCUAUUAGAGCUACAGCCGCUUGCACAGUAGGUGAUUCGAUUUGGAUCGGAGACUAUUCCGGAAAACUUCACGCUUAUUCAGCAAAUGACGGACGGAAGUUGUUCUUCUAUACAUUAGACAGCCAACCAAAUACACAAGUGGAGGCCUUACUGUAUUUGCCGUCGCUGAAGAGAGUAGCAUGCGCUUUGUCAAAUGGUAGGCUGUUUUUGGUCAACUCCGAAUCCAAACCAUUGACGCCAACUGCUGCAGAAGGUUCCUUCGUUAUGACAGAGCUGGGUUCCAUGUCGGCCAUCAACUGUAUGUGUGGUAUAUUCGAUCAAAAAGAAGGGUCUUGUGAGUUGUGGUGUGGUGAAUCUGACGGUCAAAUUUCUAUCUACACUAUUAAAGAUCAAGUUGUAGCCGGGCACGAACUAGUCAACCAUUACCAGCCAGUUAUCGCAAAAGUAGACGUUAUGAACAUCAUCGCAGUGGAAAGCAACGUCUGGUCAUACGUGAGACCCCAUUGCGUCGUCUAUCAGUGGGAUUCUAAGACCAGAACCAUCAUAAAUAAGCUCGACUGUUCCAAACUGGUACCUUGUUCUGAAAGCCUCAAAUCCAUAGCUAUCGAGGAACAUCUGAGCCCAAGCAACUGCCAGGUAACUAGCCUGGUCGCUCUAAACGACGAGCUUUACAUCGGUACCACCUGGGGCUGUGUCAUCAUAGCGGAACGGUUCACUCUUCGACCCAUAACCAUCUUCCGUCCAUACGAAGAGGAAGUUAGAGCCAUAGUACCUCUGCACACGGGGAAAAGUACUCAAGGAACCCAAGAGAAGGUACCACUAAUUGCGACGAUCGGUAGGGGGUACCGGAAUCUGCUGUCUAGGUACACUGACGUACCUAUUAGUACCGGAACACCUUUGCCGAGUCCAAUGAUGGGAGCCAUGGUUCCGCCGACUGUUAAACCUAACAUGUUUGUUUUGUUAUGGAGGGCAGAACAUUGGAAUGCUGUUUGAAAUGGGAGAAAGUACUUUUUUCUCAUCGAUGUUAUUUUGAUCAUUCCUUAUAAGAGUCUGUUUUUUUUUUUAAUUUACGUUCGUGACAAAACAAAAAUAUGCUGGAAUUAAACAGGGAGAGCGGGAUAUUGAUGGAAACAGAGAGAAGAAGAGAAAUGAGACAACAAAUGAGGAAACGAAUAAGAAACAAGAACAGAGAAUAGGUGACGGGAAAAAUAAAAAAAUGUUCAUUCUUUAUUUUACUUCUUUUAAGACGUAAGACCUAUUUUAAUUUACUUAUUUGAUUAUUAAGGAGACUAUCAUGGAGGAAUAGAUGCUGAUAAUUUUUGAGGAUUGGUUGGAGAUGUUUUGCCGAGAUUGGGAGAGCCAUCAAUGAUCGUUUUUGAUAAUGUCAUUUACCAUAGUUGGCAAGUAAAUAGAUCGCCUAAGCAAUCCCGGAAAAAGAAAGAAUUGGAAGCACGCCGAAGUAAAAGCAUAAUAUUUCCAUUGCACAGCUCUUCUCAGAUCUCCAAAACAUUAUGCUGUCGAUGAGAUAAUUAACAAAGCUGAUCAUGAAGCAUGUACUUCGUUUCUCUCCCUAUCAUGCAAAUUUAAUGCGAUGGAAAUGAUAUGGAGCCAAACGAUUGUAUGAUCGGCAGAUUAGGAAAUAAAAAUAUUUAAGAAGUUUGGGAGACAGUAGUGGAAAAAUUUAUAUUCGCCAUACCCAUAAAGUAAUUCAAGAGACCUGUGAAAAAGAAAAGGUCUUCUUAUCAACCAAAGUGGCAACUAACCGUGACAUAAAAUAGUGCUCGUUUACUCAAAUCUACACCACAUUACCAUGGCAAACAUAAAAUUAAUAAAAAAGGGAAGUAAAAUGGUUUUCUACACGUUUACAUUGUUACUAUAACGUUACAACAUGAAUAUUCGCUUUGACAUAGGCAACACAAUAUACGGUGUAGUCAACACAAAAUGUAGGAAUAAUACAUAUUCUCCUUUUCAUGAACAUUUUUCAGUGCGUCACAAAUUAUAGAAAAAAAGGUAAGUCCGUGAUAAUACACAUUUAUGACAUUUAUUCUAACGUGACAUUUUAGUUAAAUCUGACAGUUGUCAAAUUUUAUUUUCAAUUUGGAAUAAAACCAAAUCAAUUGUGUCUAUUGCAUUUAUAAAAUGGUAUUUUCUUUCAUUUGUAUAGUCUUAUAAGUUGUACAGAUUAUAUUGAUAAUAUUAUUAUUUUAUUUAAUAAAUAAUUCUUUUUUGAUUAUGGCGCCAUCUAUCGACAACUAGAAUAAUCACCGAACUAGAAUAAUUACCGAAGUAUUCCCAGACGUGCCUUUUUUUCUGUCACAUACAAUUUAAUGCGUUAGAGAGAAAUCGAAAAACUGUGACGCACUGAAAGAUGAUCAUGAGAAAAAGAAUACAAUCAAAUACAAUAUAGACAACAUAACAAUAAUUACAGUCGGAAAAAUGAAAGAAUAUGGCUUUUCAUCGAUUGUCAUUUGUUUCGAGCUUCUGUCAUAUGUUGUAUAAUCUGUGUAUAAAAUUAAUAUACACGGAUUAUACUACAUAUGACACAAGCUCGAAACAAAUGACUGUGAAUGAAAAGUCCUAUAGGGCUUUUCAUCGAUUGUCAUUUGUUUCGAGCUUCUGUCAUAUGUUGUAUAAUCUGUGUAUAAUAUUAAUAUACACGGAUUAUACGACAUAUGACAGAAGCUCGAAACAAUUGACUGUGAAUGAAAAGCCCUAUACGCUGUGAGCUUUCGCUGGUGUCGCUCCUAGCGGACUACUAAUUCAACUUUCACCGGUAAUUUUUAAAUUUAUUAUUUAAUUGUUAUCGCUUAAUAUUUACAACGCAAAAAAGUAAUUAAAUUGUAAUCGAUUUUUUAAAGAUUUUGCUAAUCAUUUUGACGUUCUAUUGACAAAAUAUGAAUUUCUUACUUCGGAUACUUUCACAAUUAUCGUGUAGAUUUCGCUAAGAUUGAUAGAUUAAUUUAUAAUUGCAUAUUACGGAACAUUAAAAAAACUUAAAUUCAGUAUUUAAAACGUAAGUAUAUUUAAGUUAAAAAUAUAUACCACAGCUUUGACCAACUAAUAUUUUUUAUAAUUAAUGUUUUUUUUUUAUAAAAUAAAAAAAAAAUUUAAAUUAAUCACUUUGACAUUUAUGUCAAAUUUCCGGUAAAGGUUUACAGACUUGUCACUACUAGCGCUCGCGAAUUUGUAAAUAUCCCCUCUACGUACGAGCUCACAGCGUAUACCCAUGAACGAUCAGAUCAAUCACUUAUUUUGUAUUUGCUGUCUUUUUCUAUAACAACCGUUUGUUAUUUAUAGAAAAAGACAGCAAAUAUAAAAUAAGUGAUUGAUGUGAUCGUUCAUGGGUAUACGCUGUGAGCUCGUACGUAGAGGGGAUAUUUACAAAUUCGCGAACGCCAGUAGUGACAAGUUUGUAAACGUUUACUGGAAAUUUGACAUAAAUGUCAAAGUGAUUAAUUUAAAAUUAAAAUUAAAAACAUUAAUUACAAACAAUAUUAGUUGGUCAAAGCUGUGGUAUAUAUUUUUACCUUAAAUAUACUUACGUUUUAAAUACUGAAUUUAAGUUUUUUUAAUGUUCCGUAAUAUCUAAUUAUAAAUAAUCUAUUAUAAUCUUAGCGCCAUCUACACGAUUAUUGUCAAAGUAUCCGAAGUAAGAAAUUGAUAUUUUAUCAAUAGAACGUCAAAAUGAUUAGAAAGAUCUUAAAAAAAUCGAUUACAAUUUAAUUACUUUUUUGCGUUGUAAAUAUUAAGCGAUAACAAUUAAAUAAUAAAUUUAAAAAUUACCGGUAAAAGUUGAAUUAGUAACCGCUAGGAGCGACACCAGCGAAGCUCAGAGCGUAUAGGGCUUUUCAUCGAUUGUCAUUUGUUUCGAGCUUCUGUCAUGUGUCACAUAUUAUUAAUAUAUCUAUGUCAUACGUCUUUGGUUUGUAUCAUUGGUAUAUAUCAAUAACGUAUGACGUAGAUAUAUUAAUAUUAUGUGACACAUGACAGAAGCUCGAAACAAAUGACUGUAAAUAAAAAGCCCUAUUCUUUCAUUUUUCCGACUGUAUGUUAAUGUAACAUACAUCACAUUGUUUGCGAUGUUUUAAAGUAGGCUCCUUGGUCUUACAAACUAAAUCGUUAACUUAUUUUUACGUACUAACAAUUGUUAUCCUCAUGUUGACAUUUUCCAUGAAGAAAUAUUGCAGUAAAACGAAGAAACUCACGAUAAUUUGCCUAAAACAAUGCAGUAGAAAACUUGAAAUGUAUAGAAAAUGAGAAUUGAGUUUCUUCGUUUUGUACUCGUUUAUUGAUAACGUUAAACAUGAAUGGUCUACUUUUGAAUCAGCAACACAAUAUACAAAAUACCCCUACGGUAUAGGCAACACCAAACGUAAAGAUAGUCGAAUAUAGAUAACAUAACAAUCAACAUUUUGUUGUAAUGUAUAUUUUGAUAUUUUAAAAUAGACUCCUUGACCUCUUAAUCGAAAUAUUUAACUUAUUUUUACGUAUUGAGAAUCGUUAUCCAUACGUUGACUUUUUCCGUAAAGAAAUAUUGCAGAUAAAUAAGAAAACUAACGAUAAUUCUAAAUUAAACUAAAGCAAUUCCUUAGAAAAGUUAAAUAACUCUGGUAAACAAAAUCGUUGUCACUUUUUUCUUCAACAUAUUCAAGCAAAUUCGUUAUUACUUCUUUGCAGCGGCCGUUCAAUAGAAAACCUCACCUCAAAUAAAUUUUUUGCAACUUGAAAAUGACACUUUUACCGUCGAUAUUAGUUUGGUUUUUUCUCAUGUUGGUAAUAUUCGUCAAUCCAAAAAUGCAAUAUUUCCUUCGGCAAAAGAACGAUAAACCAAAUAUUAGGAUUUAGCUUUUACCGAACAAAUUCAAAUUUUGUGAUUUUUAUAUUUUAUUUAUUAAAAAAAACUAGGGAUUUUAUAAAAUAAUAGUAAAUUGUAUUUUUAGAUUCUUUUAACUAAUGUAUAGGCACAUCAAAGUUAUUUAGGGGGUGUUUAAUGAGAUUUUUUGGGUUUACAUCAUGUACAAAAAAUUUUGUUUGUAUAUUACCUAUCAAGAUAUUUCAGAAAACCGUACCUUAAUAAUAUUACAAAGUCAUUUGUAUUUGAGUAGUAUCGUUAAAUGUCGAGAGGUGAACAUACAAUAGCAGGUAUAAGUAAUAAGCUUAAGAUUAAGGUUUUCUAAAAUAUAUUGAUAGGUACUAUACAGUUAUUUUACUUUAUAUGCCGUUUAGAAGAAACUAUAUACGAUGCAGAAGAUAUUGAUGAUAUUAUAUUUACGCCAACCUGUUUUUUUGGUAUGAGUUUUCUUUUUGGCUAUAAAUAUUGUAUAAUAAAUAUAACUGUUUUAUAUUGUGUGUAGGAUUAUUAAAAUAUUCAGAGUUUUUAAAUAUUUAUUAACAACCACAUUCUUACAAGUAUUAUGAAAUGUGUGUCUGAUGGCAUUCUGACAAUAGGGCUUUUCAACAACAGUCAUUUGUUUCGAGCAUCUGUCAUGUGUCAUAUAAUAUUAAUAUAUCUACAUCAUACGUUAUUGGUAUAUACUAUAUACCAAUGAUACAAACCAAAGAUGUAUGACGUAGAUAUAUGAAUAUUAUACGACACAUGACAGGAGUUCGAAACAAAUGACUGUGAAUGAAAAGCCCUAUUAUGGAGAGUGACAUAGUGUUGCUAACUAUCACUUUGUUCAGAACAUGAACAAAUAUUAAAUUUUGUUAUUGUUUUAAACUACCUAGCCAUCGAGAACAAUCGUAAUUAGAGUAGGCUAUGAACUUUACAAUUAAAUGACGCUAGUUGGUAAUUCAGUUAUUUCGCAAAUCCUGAAUGCCAGUACGUGACUUUUAAGUCAUUUUCAUUGUCAAUAGGAAUGUUAUUUGUAAAGAGAUUAUAUCCAAAAUGUUAUUAAAUAAAUUGUUAGGUUAAGUAUAUGUCAUUUUUAUUACACUGACUACUCCAAUUAGGGUUUUUUUAUGAAUCUGUAUUUUCUAGUGAGUUGUUUUUAAAUACCUGCAAACUAAAUUAAAAACCUCAUAAAACAUUCUCAGAUACCGUUGGUGUGUGUAGAUAUAAGCCAAAUAAUGUCAGAAUUACUGAAUAGUGUACCAAACUUAACUUGUUGACAUUCUUUUAUUUUGUAUUAUUAUUUUUUAAGAUUUGUGAUCGGAUCUCUGUAAUGAAUAAUUUUUAGAUCUUAUGACUGUUGUUUAACAUAGACUGUGAUCAUGUUUCUUGUCAUUUAUUUUAAUUGUAUUAAAGUUUUAUUUUAGAAAUAAAACAUUCAUCUGUUUUA